UUUAGUUUCACAAGAAGGGUAUGAUUUUCAAUUAGAAUGGAAAAAGCAGAAAUAAAAUAAAAUGACAAUGAUGAGCUUGGAGAGUUGGAAUACGUUAAUCUGGUUAUUAUUAUAUGUAAAUACAGCAACCUCAUUUCAGGGAAAGAAGGAAACACCUAAAUGCAACUACAACAAUUCUACAUUUGAUGACACCUGUUGUCCCUCUUGCAUGAAUUCCCAGAAUGACACCUGUAAGACAUAUGAAUGUCCAAAAGAUUAUUAUCAUUUCAACACCAGAUGUUAUGGAAAGCACAAUAUAUCAGAUCCAAACAAGUUUGUAUGCAAAGCGAAAUGCCCUUCAAGUCAUUAUGGAAUAACAAUUAACAAAAGAAAAGUUUGCUUGGCCUGUAUGAUAUUGUGCCAGGAUAGAUCUUUAAAAACAACCUGCUCAUGUGAAGAUAUACACAAAGAGAUACAAUUAAAAGGAAUUUUGUUAUAUAUAUUCAUUGGUAUAUCGAUUCUCCUGGUAAUAACUUCCGGUUUUAUGGUGGUGUAUAUUUGUUGUAAAAAUCAGAGAAGAAAUAUAAUAAAUAAUCCGGAGAAAUGCAUUCAGGUUGACGAACGCGACAUCAUGGAAAAUUAUCCUGCAUCAAAUGUUGACAAAACCCGUACGGAAGCAGAAAAUUUAGGUGGAAAACCAAAAGCUUCUUCAGUUGCAAAAGAGGCUCAAAUACACCUUGAUAAAAAGACAAGAUACACAAAGGACCCAACAGUCAUUGUGGAACAAGGAAAGAAAUUUCAAAAACACAUAUCAGGGAGACCUCUAAGUAGUGCAUAUGUAAACGCAAGUUCUAUAAGAAGAAAUAAAAAUUAUAACAGUGAGACCAAUAAAAUAAACAAAACGACAUUUCAAGGCACAAAAUGCAACCUUUCGAAAAAAAAUGAUGACGAAAGGAAUAUCAAAAUAUCUAAAGACGGCGGCACCCUUAGUGUGGGAAAUGGAAAUACACUGAAUGAAGAUAGAAAAGAAGGCGAUUCUGAUACGGUUGGCGAGAUUAAAGAUGAAGAUCCAGAGGGGAAGGGGUAUGACAUUCUUUCUCCCAAAGAUGAAACAAUCGAAAUCACUGACAUCGAAAAUAUUACUCAAUCGAAUAAUCUCGGUAUGAUAAAAGAAUCCAAAGCAACUUCUUUCCAAAAAUCAGAUUUUAUAUCCAAAUCAUCAAAAACAAUUAUACCUGUGCAAGAGCCUUUUGUCCAAACCUUGCCAGAAUCAGAUAUCCAUCAAUACGAAAAUUACCAAGGUUCAACAAGCGACGUCGAUAAUAUUAACCCUACAGAAAUUGCAGCUAGCGGAAACACCUCUGUGUCUGAUAUGCGUCAAUUAUCUUCUAAUACAAAUGUCAAUGAGAAAAUUGCAUCGAUUGGAUUAAACAAUUUUCAAUCAAACAGAUGUAGUCAAGAUAGUUCAGAUAGCAAUAGGUCUGAAGAUUCGUACAAAUCCGCACGUAGCCAUGCUUCACUACCGGAGGAUACAAUGGAGCAAAAAUCCUCAAAUGAAGAACAAACUACAAUAGAAAUUGAUACAACAAACAAUGCCAGUGUGAAAAAUGAUGUAAAGAACAUUACAGUACUGAAAGGGUCAUUAGACGUAACAAAGAUUGCAAGUCAGCCAAAUAUCAAUGUAACUGGAACAAACUUGUCUUUAAACUUUUAUGGCAAAACAAAUUAAGACAGUAUCGCUUUUUAUAGUUAUGUAUAGGUAAGAUAAUGUGUCAAUUUAAUUUAAAUCCCAUUAAAUGAAUUAAAAGUAGCGUAGCAUUAAUGCGAAUAAGGUAGAGCCGAACUAAAUAUAUAAAUGUAGACAUCGAAAGAGUGCAACACAAUAUGCAUCUUCUGGAAAUGACGCUUUGAUAAAAUAUACAAUACUAACUAGUAUCUCUAUUGUUUGUAAAACAAUUGAAAGGGGUUUCCCUUAAAAGUCUGAUAUUUGUAAUGCACUCUUUACGACCUUUCACUUGAUAUGUGACGGUUCGUUCUCGAAAUAUAAUUAAUCAAAAAUUGUGUAUAAUAUUUCAAGGGAAAUAUCUCUUAUAAGGAUUGAUAACAAAUAAAUUGUUUAUGUUUAUUAACAUAUUCCUGCACAUGUUGCCAUUUUCAAAUCGAUUCUAUCUGUAAUAAUUUUAAAGAAAAAUGCAAAUAAAAGAAAUUGUUUCAAGGGGAUAUAACUCUCAAAGGGGAUUAUGAAAUCCUACGCAGCCUCAUCUGGAAAUACUUCAUGAUGAGAUCCUCCUUUUGUUUAAAUAAAGUCAUGAUAUCUUCAAA